UUUUUGCACUGGCUUAUUGCAGUGUUAAUUUUUGCAGAGUUUUGUUGAUCUUGCAAUGGAUCAAUAUCCCGAUGAAAAUGAAGAGUUUGAACUGCAAUAUCAGGAUGAGCUCGAGCUGCUGGAGGAUAUGCCGCACGAGUACGAUGCGUACAACGACGGACCCAGUACAUCGCACAAAGCGAAAGCAGCUCUCGAGAAGCGGCAAGUAUUUGAUGUUGAUGUUGAUGGAGCGCCCCCAACUAAUGCAGCAAUGCAUGAUGUGUCGCGGCUGAGCAAUUCAACGAUAAGUUCGCCACAGUUGUCGCAGAUCACAUUCGGCGCCACGCAAAUCGAAGAAAGCGCCGGUGGCGGCCAAGUGAAUCGUCGGCUCUUUGGCACACCCAAAGGACCGACGGCGGGACGUGGUUGUUCCACACCAUUUCAUCGUAUGCCGGCCAUCAAAGAGCUUGCCAGCGAUGGGACAGAUCAUGCGGCGCCCUUGCUAACAGCAGCCGCCGAGCAGCUGCAAGAACUGGGAUUGCGUGGCAAAAACAAACGGCGUCUGGAACGCGAUUUGUUUGGCGACAUCGAUGAUCUGUAUCACGAAAGCUACGAGGAUCCUAUGGUAAAGAAGGCACGCACCGAGGAGCAGCGCGACAACGAUGCCAUUGAACGCAUUCUCGAGCUGCGUCGUAAGAUGCGCGAGUCCAGCAAAACAGUGCGACACGAUGAUGUGUCGCGUCUGAAGGCGUUGCACGACUUCAAGAUGAAGAAUCUGUCAUAUGAGAUACCCUCGUGGCCAUUUCUCGCACUGCAACGCAGCGAUCUAGAGCGUCUGUAUGUCCGCUAUCACUCCGAGGACUAUGAGCGACGGCAGCUGGAGUUGCUGAGUGCGCGUGGUCAACAAAUUGGCAGCCUGCUGGGCGAAGCCAAGCAACAAGUGUGGCAGGAGGCAAAUGAACUGGUGCUGCGUCGCAUGGCUCCCGCUACACAACCACAAAUAGAGGCUGCGGCAACGCCUAGCGUCAGUCCAGAGACUGGACGCCUUUGGGUGGACAAGUACAAGCCACGUAAAUACAUUGAUUUACUAUCAGAUGAAAUGACCAAUCGCAGUCUGCUCUACUGGCUGAAAAUGUGGGACAAAGUGGUCUUUGGCAAGGCCUUCCACAGCAAGCAGGAGCAGCAGGCAGUCACCUCAAACUCCAACUCGUCUUCGGCGGCACAGCAACUGAAUAGCUUCAAUAAACGCACAGGAAAAUUCGAAUCGAAUGGAGGUUGGCGACAGCGCAAAACACGCCAAGCGCUUAACACCAAUGUGGAUGAGCUUGGCAGACCUAUGCAAAAGGUGGCACUGCUCUGCGGUCCCCCAGGUCUGGGCAAGACAACGCUAGCGCAUACGAUUGCUCGCCAUGCGGGCUACAAUGUGCGAGAAAUCAAUGCCUCCGAUGAUCGCAGUCCAGAGGCAUUUAAGCUGGCUCUAGAAAAUGGCACGCAAAUGUCAUCGGUGCUUAAUCAGGACAAACGUCCCAAUUGUAUUGUGCUGGAUGAAAUUGAUGGGGCACCAAAGCAAUCGAUUGAGUAUCUGGUUAAGUUCGUCAGCGACGGAAUCUACAGCAAGGUAAAGGCCAAGGGAGCCAAGGCGGAGCACAAUGUGCUGCGUCGACCCAUCAUCUGCAUUUGUAAUGACAUCUACGAUCCCGCGUUGCGGCCACUGCGUCAAAUAGCUUUUGUGGUCAACUUCCCGCCCAUCGAUGCCGCGCGUUUGGCUGAACGGUUGCUACAAAUUUCGCGCAAGGAGCAAUUGAAGACAGACUUUGGUUCGCUUAUUGCCUUGGCCGAGAAGUCAGGCAACGAUGUGCGCAGCUGCAUCUCUUCCAUGCAGUUCUUCAAUGUACAGAAACACAGCUUGACACUGCAGGAUGUGCUGAACAACAAUCUGGGCCAAAAGGAUCGGCAUCAAGGACUGUUCGAUGUUUGGGGUGCAGUAUUCAGAAUACAACGUCCCAAGAAGAUGCUGCAGCAGAACAGCUCUGGCAAUGGUGAUGAGCCCGCCCAGGUGACAAUGACGAACAUGUCAGUGGGCACAAGAGUGCGUAAUGUACUCGAUGUAGUGCACUCUAGCGGUGACUACGAGCGACUCGCUCAGGGCGUUUACGAAAACUAUUUGCAGCAAAAGAUGCCGGAUCCAAAUUUCAAUGGUAUUUGCGAGGCCUUGCAGUGGUUUUGCUUCACAGAUGCACUGCAGCAUCAGAUCUCAAGGCAGCAGAACUACAGCAUUUAUCCAUAUUUGCAGUACGGGUUUGUGGUAUGGCAUUUGCUCUUUGCCACAUUGGCCUGGCCGAAAAUUGCAUUUCCCACGCGUGGCUUUGAGUUCAAUCAGAAAUGCACGAACCAGCGCAAUAUUUUUCUGUCGCUGCGCAAAGGUAUCACCUCAUCCGCACAGGGCGUCGGUCAGGGCAACAUUCUACUGCUGGACACGGUGCCGCUGCUGAAACGCAUUCUAUCGCCACAGUUGCGCUCAGUGGCUGUACAACUGUUAUCGCAAAAGGAACAAUAUGAUCUGCGCCACACAAUUCAAGUGAUGGUCGAUUUGGGUGUAAACUUUAUUCAAGUCAAAUCAUCAGAAGGACAUUAUGUGUUUCAAACCGAACCCGAUCUGGAUACGCUCUGUGCCUUCCCAGGUGCUGCUGGUCUCACGCUGCCGUACUUCAGUCGCCAGUUAAUCGCUCGUGAGGUGGACCUCGAGCGCAUACGUCGAGCCGCGCCCAAGGGCAGUGAUGGAGAUGCAGCAAAGAAACCAUCUACAUCGAGUGCAGCGGCGGCAGCCACAAAGAAGAAGGCGGCAUCACCGCGACUGCCAAAUCAUUUGCAAACAUUGAAGCCAAAGCAAAUUACGGACAUCAAUGGACGCAGUGCACCCAAGCAGCAGCUCACCAAGGACUUCUUUGGCCGAGUGACUCACAAAGUAACAGCCUCGGCAUCCAACGAGGAGGCCAAAACGGAUGCCAUUGUUAAGAGUCCUAUAUGGUAUCGCUACAAGGAAGGCUACAACAACGCUGUUCGCAAGGAUGUCCACCUAAAUGAGCUUCUUUAAUCAAAGAGAAUCUAGUUAUUAUUGUUAUAUUAAUCAAUCUUAUAUUUAUUAUUGCAUUUUUACACAUAUGUUCAUAGUUUAAAACUGUAAAAUAUA